AACUCCCCUUCUUUUGGGUUUUCUUUUAACUUUCCUGAAGGUGGGAGGAGGAUUUUUCCCACAGUUCAGCCUCAGGCACUGCCUGGAGUGAGGAAACCCAGUCAUCCUGAGAGCUUCCAGCGGCCGGCUGCUGGCGGGGAGGGAAUCUGGGGACCACCAGCCUGGCCAGGGGGCAGGCACUGCUCUCCUGGCACCCUGACUCUGCCUGGGGGGUCCCUUAGUGCCAUGUUGGAUGGUUUCUGUGUUCCCCUGGGGCGCAGCAGGGCCAGGCACCAGCUACGGCUCCCUGAGGCUGGGGACAAUGGAUGGUGGCAAAGAGGACCCUGCCGUGUUCACCUCCACUUCCCUGCCCUCGGACCCACGGUUGCUGGCCACCGUCACCAACGCCUACCUGGGCACCCGUGUCUACCGGGAUGUCCUCCACGUCAAUGGUGUGUACAACGGGGCUGUGGGGGACACGCACCGCGCCGACAUCCCCAGCCCCAUCAACGUCAGGAUGACGGUGCCGGGUGCGGACAGCCCAUCCGAGACCUUCACCUUGAACACCUGGACGGGAACCUUCAGCCAUGAGCUUCGCUCAACUGACUACUUGGCCACCCAACACAUCUAUGCCCACCACUCCCUUGUCCACCUGAUGGCCUUCAGCAUCACCAUCCGGCGAUUGACUCCCACCACCCGACCCAUCUCGGUCCAGCUCCAGACACCUUUCGUGCCAAAGAGCCAGGAUUUGGACCUGAAGCAAGGGCCGGACUUCCAGGGAGCACACUACGUCUACGGGCAGACGCUGGUUCCCGAGGUGGAGGGGGGGCCCCGUCCCACCAUCCACAUGCUCUGGACCCCGGUGCCACGGGCCGUGACGCUGAGCGGGGAGGAGCAGGAGCGAUCCUGGGAGUUCCUGACGGCCGUGGCCGAGAGCGAAGAGGAAGCCAAGAGGAGCUACAGCCACGGGCUGGCCCUCGUGGCCACGGGCUCCCUGCUCCCCUCCCACACCUGCGCCUGGGACACGCUCCGGCGAGGGUGCUCCAUGGACCUGGACGGACCCCUGCCGCUGCAGCAGGCCCUCCACGGGUGCCUCUACUACCUGCUGAGUGCCAUCCCACCCCAGGGCAGCACAGGCUUCCUCUUCCACGGCAUCAGCCCCGGUGGCUUGUCCAACGGCACUCGAGGCGAGGACUACUGGGGACACGUCUUCUGGGACCAGGACACCUGGAUGUUCCCGAACGUUCUGCUGUUUUGCCCCGAGGCUGCCCGUGCCAUCCUGGAGUACCGCAUUCGCCGGCUGGAUGGAGCCCUGCACAACGCGCGGGAGCAAGGCUACGAGGGUGCUAAGUUCCCGUGGGAGAGCGCAGCCACCGGCCGGGAAGUGUGUCCUGAGGAGAUCUAUGGAGCCCAGGAAAUCCAUGUCACUGGGGAUGUUCUGAUGGCCUUCGAGCAGUAUUACUGCACCACGCAGGACCAGAAGCUGUUCAGGGAGGAUGGAGGCUGGGAGCUGGUGGAUGCUGUGGCUCGGUACUGGUGCAGCAGGAUGGUGUGGAGCGAGGAGGAGCAGUGCUACCACAUCAGAGGUGUCAUGCCCCCCGAUGAGCAUCACUGCCAGGUUGAUAACUCUGUUUACACCAACGCCAUGGCCCAGCGGAGCUUAAACUUUGCAGCUGACAUUGCUCGGGACUUCUCCAUCCCCGUGCCAGAGGAGUGGGUGGACUGUGCCAAGAAAAUCAAAGUGCCCUUUGAUGCGGAGAAGAAGUACCACCCUGAGUACGACGGGUACAGCCCAGGCGAGCCCGUGAAACAGGCUGAUGUCAUCCUGCUGGGAUUCCCCCUGAUGCACCCCAUGAGCCCCGAGGUCCGGAGAAACGACCUGGAGAUGUAUGAACCCGCCACCGAACCGGAUGGGCCAGCCAUGACCUGGAGCAUGUUUGCAGUGGGGUGGCUGGAGCUAAAGGAGGUGCAGAGAGCCCAGAGCCAACUCAACAAGUGUUUCAGCAACAUCACAGAGCCCUUCAAGAUCUGGGUGGAGAACUCAGAUGGGUCAGGAGCUGUGAACUUCUUGACGGGGAUGGGUGGAUUCUUGCAGGCUGUCCUCUUUGGCUACACGGGGUUCAGGAUCACAAAGACCAGCCUCCGCUUUGACCCUGCGUUUCCCGAGGACAUCGACAGGAUGAAAAUCACUGGCGUCUCCUAUUUGGGCUCCAAACUGAAGUUCACCAUCACCAAAAAGGAGAUGAGGAUCAAAGUGACCGAGUCUCCCCGGGACCCGGUGGGAUCUCCCCUGGAAGCCGUGCUGGAGGCCUCGGGGCAGCGGUUCCCCCUGCAUGGAGGGCAGGGCGUCUCCUUCCCCACGGCAGCUGGCUGGAUUCAGAGGGCAACCACCGAGACGCUUUAGACCUUGGCUGGUCUGGGCUUCACUCCCUGGUGCGGCAGAAAAGGCUGAAGAGCAGAUGUCGGCAGAGGGGGAAGGUAAAGGUGGGGGUUCCAGGCUGUGCCAUAAACCCUUUUCCCCCGGA